AUGUCGAAACCAACGAGCUUAAAUGGCAGCGAGAGCGAGUUCGAGUUCAUCGAAACUCCGAAAGCUAGCCCCCCUUCACUCGAGAAAGAAGAAGAGUGUGGUGUUCGCACUACCAAGUACCCUUCGAUCAAGAAUGCCCCCCUUCCCGCCGAAGGACCCGGUUCCGACUCGUUCAACAACAAAAUCCUCAUCUCUAUUCUGCUUGGAGUUCCAUACUAUCUGAAAUGGAAAGUCGGCGGCGGCUUGAAGACUUUCAUCUUCUUCGCCCUGAUUGUUGAUCUCCCGCUUCUGGCCGCUUGGUGGCUCGUCGUUUCUACGAUUAGCCCUCGCCGCAAUGAGAAGGCCAAGCUCCCCGGCCGCCCUGUCGAAUUCUACCUCGAUUUCAAGAAAGAUUCUGAUCGGGCCAAAUACCGUGGAUCGAACAAGAUCCCCAUGGAGACGUUUCAUGAAAUGUACUUUGAUGGUGACGUCGAUUUCAAAGGCGACUGUCUGGAGGUGAUGGAGUACCGUCACGACUGGGCCAGCUUCAGGUUCACCAUUAGUCUGAUAAAGUUCUUUCUUCUUGGCAUGAUACCCGAGCUCAUUAUGCACACUCGCUCGCAAGAUGAGGAACAAGUCCGUGACCACUACGAUCGUGGUGAUGACUUCUACGGAUGGUUCCUCGGUCCUCGUAUGAUCUACACCUCUGGUAUCAUCUCCGACAUUGAAAAAGAAGAGACUCUUGAAGAGCUCCAGGACAACAAACUUACCGUUGUCUGCGAGAAGAUUGGCCUCCAGUCAGGUGAGAGAAUGCUAGAUAUUGGCUGUGGCUGGGGUACCCUCGCCCGCUUCGCCAGUGAAAACUACGGUGCCCACGUUACCGGUAUCACCCUGGGUCGCAACCAGACUGCUUGGGGCAACAGUGCCAUGCGCAAGGUCGGCAUCACUGAGGAGCAGAGCAAGAUCCUCUGCAUGGAUUACCGUGAUAUCCCCGUUCCUGAAGGUCGCUACAACAAGAUUACGUGCCUUGAGAUGGCCGAGCACGUUGGCGUCCGUCACUUCUCCAGCUUCCUCACUCAGGUGUACAACAUGCUCGACGACGAUGGUGUCUUCUUCCUUCAAAUUGCCGGACUUCGUAAGCCUUGGCAAUACGAGGAUCUUAUCUGGGGUUUGUUCAUGAACAAGUACGUUUUCCCUGGUGCCGAUGCUUCCACGCCGCUAGGCUGGGUCGUCGAUAAGCUCGAGGGAUCUGGCUUCGAGAUUAAGGGCGUUGACACCAUUGGCGUCCACUACUCUGCUACUCUGUGGAGAUGGUACCGCAACUGGAUCGCGAAUCGCGAAAAGGUCGAGGCAAAAUACGGCAAGCGGUGGUUCCGCAUCUGGGAAUACUUCCUUGCCUACUCAACCAUCGUUUCCCGACAGGGUAGUGCCACCUGCUUCCAGAUCACUCUGGUCAAGAAUAUCAACUCCACCCACCGCGUUGAGGGCAUCGACUCUCAAUUUGCCUUGUCUGGUGGUCUCAAGAGUUUCAAGGGCGACCUUAAAGCCUGGGCUGCCAAGAACAAUGUCGCCUCGUCAACUGACUUCCUCUCCUGA